GCAUUUGCAAUGACUAACCAAAUUCUGGUGGAAAAGUCGGUUGUUGGCUGGAAGGAGAUAGAGUAUGAAGUUGUGAGAGAUGCUGCUGAUAACUGUAUUGCUGUCUGCAAUAUGGAAAACAUUGAUGCUAUGGGAGUCCACACAGGAGAUUCUGUUGUAGUGGCUCCAAGCCAGACACUCACUAACGAGGAGUUUCAGAUGCUGAGGGAUCGUGCCAUCAAAGUUGUCCGACAUUUGGGCAUCGUGGGAGAGUGUAAUAUCCAGUUUGCUCUGCAUCCAACUUCGCUGGAGUACUACAUCAUUGAAGUUAAUGCCAGACUCUCGAGAAGUUCAGCUUUGGCCUCCAAGGCGACAGGGGAUCCAUUAGCAUUCAUUGCUGCCAAAAUUGCCUUGGGGAUCCCCUUGCCAGAAAUCAAGAAUGUGGUGACAGGAAAAACCUCUGCCUGCUUUGAGCCGAGCCUGGAUUACGUUGUUACCAAGAUACCUCGCUGGGAUUUGGACCGUUUCCAGCAUGUGUCCAACCAGAUUGGAAGCUCCAUGAAGAGUGUGGGAGAGGUCAUGGCUAUUGGACGCACUUUUGAAGAGAGCUUCCAGAAGGCCCUGAGGAUGUGCCACCCAUCUGUAGAUGGCUUCACUUCACGUCUGCCCAUGAAUAAAGCCUGGCCAGCCAUCACAGAUCUCCAGAAGGAUCUCUCUGAGCCAUCCAGCACUCGGAUAUAUGCGAUAGCCAAGGCCUUGGAAAACGGAGUCCCCACAGAUGUCAUUCACAAACUCACAGCCAUUGACAAAUGGUUCCUGUAUAAGAUGCGCAGCAUUGUGGACAUGGAGAAGAUGCUGAAGGAAGCAAACAGUGAAACAGUUCCAGAAGAGAUACUGAGGAGAGCCAAAAAGAUGGGAUUCUCAGACAAACAAAUUGGGAAGUGCUUGGGACUGACUGAAGUCCAGUGCCGGCAGCUGAGACUGAGGAAGAAUAUAGUGCCCUGGGUGAAACAGAUCGACACGCUGGCAGCAGAAUACCCAGCAGUAACUAAUUACCUCUAUGUCACAUACAACGGGCAGGAACACGACGUAAAAUUUGAUGACUGUGGAGUGAUGGUGUUGGGCUGUGGACCAUAUCACAUAGGCAGCAGCGUGGAGUUUGAUUGGUGUGCUGUCUCCAGUAUCCGCACGCUGCGUCAGCUUGGCAACAAGACCGUCGUAGUGAAUUGCAACCCGGAGACGGUGAGCACAGAUUUUGAUGAGUGUGACAGACUGUACUUUGAGGAGCUGUCAUUGGAAAGAAUCCUGGACAUCUACCAAUAUGAGGGAUGCAGUGGUUGCAUUGUUUCUGUAGGUGGGCAGAUUCCCAAUAACUUAGCAAUGCCACUGCACCGGAGUGGAGUGAAGAUCCUUGGCACAAAUCCCUUGCAGAUUGACCGGGCUGAAGAUCGCUCCGUGUUCUCAGCUGUUCUAGAUGAGCUGCACGUGGCCCAGGCUCCCUGGAAGGCCGUCAGCACACUCAGAGAUGCGGUUGAAUUUGCAAGAUCUGUGAGUUACCCGUGUUUGCUGAGGCCUUCCUACGUUCUGAGUGGGUCUGCGAUGAAUGUAGCAUUCACUGAAGAGGAAAUGAAGAAGUUCUUAGCAGAAGCCACGAGAGUCUCUCAGGAUCACCCUGUGGUACUCACUAAAUUUAUUGAAGAUGCGCGUGAGGUAGAAAUGGAUGCUGUAGCCAAGGCAGGAAGAGUUAUUUCACAUGCUAUUUCAGAGCACGUGGAGGAUGCAGGCGUUCACUCUGGAGAUGCCACCCUCAUGUUACCCACACAGACUGUUAGCCAGGGAGCCUUGGAGAAGGUAAAAGCUGCUACAAAAAAGAUUGCAAAUGCCUUUGCCAUCUCUGGUCCGUUCAACAUUCAGUUCUUGGUGCGACGCAACGAUGUGCUGGUGAUAGAGUGCAACUUGCGGGCUUCACGCUCCUUUCCCUUUGUAUCAAAGACUCUGGGUGUGGACUUCAUUGAUGUAGCCACAAAAGUGAUGAUUGGAAAAGAGGUUAAUGAGUCAUCCCUUCCCACAUUGGAACGUCCCAUAAUUCCAUCCCAGUAUGUUGGGAUUAAGGCCCCGAUGUUUUCUUGGUCCCGGCUCAGAGAUGCUGACCCUGUCCUCCGAUGUGAAAUGGCCUCUACUGGGGAGGUCGCGUGCUUCGGGGAGGAUGUGUACUCUGCCUUCCAGAAGGCGAUACUUGCCACGGGGUUUACAUUUCCAAAGGAAGGAAUUUUGAUUGGAAUCCAGAAGUCCUUCCGCUCCAGAUUCCUCAGUGUAGCAGAACUACUGCAUGAGGAAGGUUUUAAGCUUUAUGCCACACAAGCAACCUCAGACUGGCUCAACGCUAAUGGUAUCCCGGCAACUGCUGUGGCCUGGCCAUCGCAGGAAAGCCAGAGCUGGAGCCUCCCUCCGAUCAAGAGGCUGGUAAGGGAUGGGAAAAUAGAUCUGGUGAUUAACCUGCCUAACAGCAACACCAAGUUUGUCCAUGACAAUUAUGUGAUCCGGAGGAUGGCUAUUGACAGUGGGAUUGCUCUGCUCACUAAUUUCCAGGUGACAAAGCUUUUUGCUGAAGCUAUCAAAUACUCUGGGAAAUUGGACUCCAGGAGUCUCUUCCACUACAGACAGUUUGACAAUGGAAACACUGCAUAG